UAACUGAUAAGAAACUAAUCGUCACUUUGACAAUUCUAAACAUUUAAGGAUUGUAUGUUCUGUUCUAGAUAAAAUAAUUCAUUUGUCUUAUAGUAUGGCUAUCCCUGCUAGAAUAUGUCCUACAUCGCCUGGAGUUGCCCAUUUAUGCUAGUUAUAAGGCUCUAGUUUCUCUCUCGUUAAUACUUGAGUUUUGAGGAAAAGUGUGGGCUAGGCUUUUCUAUUUGGUAUCAAAGUUUGGUUGGGCCUAUGAAUGGUGUGCCGUUUGUCCAACUAUUGCAUGUUGUGGUCCAGGAGGAUGUGUAGAAAUGCGUCCCACAUCGCCUGGAGUUGCCCCAUCUGUGCUGGUUACAAGGCUCUAGGGUUUUACUCUCACUUGCAACUCAUCGUCUUCAUCGUCCUCUUCCUCCAAUCUCACCUCUCAAACCCUGGUCUCAGCCGAAGACCUUCUUUUUCAGCAGCCAGCCAUGAGAAAGACACGUGGUAUGGGAGCUGGUCGCAAAUUGAAGUCCCACCAUAGAAGACAAAGGUGGGCUGACAAGGCAUAUAAGAAGUCCCAUCUUGGCAAUGAAUGGAAGAAGCCUUUUGCUGGGUCUUCCCAUGCCAAAGGCAUUGUCCUCGAGAAGAUUGGUAUUGAGGCUAAACAGCCAAACUUUGCUAUCCGAAAAUGUGCCAGGGUUCAUCUGAUUAAAAAUGGGAAGAAGAUUCCUGCAUUUGUCCCAAAUGAUGGUUGCUUAAACUACAUUGAAGAGAAUGAUGAGGUGUUGAUUGCUGGAUUUGGACAUAAGAGGCAUGCUGUCGGAGAUAUUCCUAGUGUCAAAUUCAAGGUCGUUAAGGUGUCUGGCGUCUCUCUUUUGGCUCUUUUCAAGGAGAAGAGAGAAGCCAAGGUCUUAGUUUUAUGCACGGAGAUUGUCCAUUUCUAUCUUUUGGUAGUUUUGUUGGAAGUAUUAGAAUGGUACUCUAGAUUGUUUGAGCAGUUUACAAAACUUAUUAUCCAUUUUCCAGUUAUUGUAUUGGCAUUACAUUUUGACCUUCAAAAAAAAAAAAAAAAAAACCAUUCCAACACACCCUUCUGGACUACAACAUACAGUAGCUAGCACACCAGUCACAGGCCAAAUCAAGCUUUAACACCAAAUUAAAAAGCCCAACCCACACUUCUCUUUAAAACCUAGGUAUUAAGGAGAGGAAAGUUAGAACCUUAUAACUAGCACAAAUGAAACAA